UGCUGUUGCAAGAACUCAAAACCUGAUAACGCAAUAACAACAUACUGUUAUCGUUUUGGCGGUCAUCUCUUGUUUUUUGUUGCAUUGAUGCGGAAGGACAAUGGAUGGAAUUGUUUUGUGCGAAAUUGCGGAUGAAGUGGCUCCAGAAUGCCCGGAAGAUCCAAUGGAGUUUCGCUAUGGCAAGAGGCGGUGGCUGUUCAAAGAAUUUCUUACCGAAUAUGCGGAGGAGAUUCUUAUUUGUAUCGAAGAAUGCCAAAAUGCUCGGACAAGAAAGCUGAAAUUUAAGCCGGUACGGCAGCCCACGGGCUCUUGGAUCCUAGUACUAUGCCACGAACAAACUUACACUCGAUCCCGUCCGGUUGAGAUGCAAGUGGCAGCUAAAUUGCUUCCGCUCAUUUUUAAGGACUUUACGACUAGCCUGGAAUUUGAGGUGGCCCAGCAAGAGCAAAAGCACCAAAGGCCUCUAAAGACCUAUGUGACAACGAAGCUCUACGACGCCCUCUACGAAAGGCAUCGCCAGACAGGUGAUCCGUAUGAAGAGCUGCCUUUUAACAUGCCAAAACGAUUUCAAUCCCGGCUACGCAAGUACCAGGAGCGCACAGUGUCCUGGAUGUUGGCUAGGGAGCAGCAAAUUACCAAGCUGCCAGUCAAAUACACCGCGCUCCAUGCCAUCGAUGGCAAGAGUCGUGUCUUUAAGCACAACUACUGCCUUCAGUUUUAUACCUACGAGGAACAAUUUCCCCAGAUUACCCUGCCACCAGGCGGCAUUUUAGCUGACGAAAUGGGCCUGGGCAAGACCGUGGAGUUCCUGGCCAUGCUGCUAAUGAAUCCCAGACCUAAGGACUCAAUCAGGAACGAGUAUUGGUACCAACGGCUGGAGGAAUUCGCCGAUGAUGUGCCUCUUAAGCGGAUGCGUCGAGCGGAAAAGGUUUUUUGUAUCUGCACUCAGAAACGUGGUUCGCUAGUGCAAUGUAGCAAGUGCCGGCGCUGGCAACACGAAACGUGCAUGAACUAUAAUUUCAAGAUAUCGAUGAACGAUCCACCGCAUAUGUGUCCAAGCUGCUGGUCCGAACUGGCAAAAUCGAGCGAUAAACUAGUGGAGACCGGUGCCACCAUCAUAGUCUCACCCAAUGCCAUUAAGAAGCAGUGGUACCACGAGAUGCAGAAGCACAUAUCGCCGGGUCUAAAGGUGCACCUGUAUUUCGGCCUGCAUUCGUGCAGGUGGGUCAGUCCUCUUGAGUUGGCCAAGUACGAUGUGGUGCUCACUGACUAUACGAUACUCCGCAACGAGAUAUACCAUACGACGGACUUCAAGUCAGACCGCCAGAUGCGCCACCAGCAGCUAUACAUCCGACCCGACUCCCCGCUUCUUAUGGUGAAUUGGUGGCGAGUUUGUCUAGAUGAGGCGCAGAUGGUCGAGAGCAACACUUCCGCGGCUGCCGAAAUGGUAAGGAUGCUGCCGGCCAUUAAUCGGUGGGCGGUUACUGGCACAAUUGACGACCUGCCGCCACUGCUGGAGUUUGUGGGUCGAACAGAAGUUUGCAGGCCACCGGACGCCUGGCAAACUGUGGACAAGGCUUUUCAAUUGAACUAUAAGUCCGAACCGCUGCUGGAAUCUCUAGAGCACAGUCUUUGGCGCACCUGCAAGUCCAAGGUGGAGCACGAACUGGGUAUUCCGCCACAAACGGAGGUCGUACAUCGCCUGGAACUGAGCAAUGUGGAGUCACUGUACUAUCGGGAGGAGCAUUUGAAGUGUCACGAGCAAUUCCUCACCGCUGUCGCCAAGCACACGCGCCACAACGCGGACAACAGCUCUUGUCUGGCCUCCAUUUCACCGCAGUUGCUGCGCAUCAUCCUGAAGCCCUUUCUUCGCAUCCGUCAGACGUGCUCCGUACCUGUGGUGCUCAACAGCAAUGUGUCCAGCACCGAUUACCUGAAUCCGCAGGAUCUGCUUGUGCGUCUCAAGACCAACAAUGAGACUGAGUGCAAGACAGAGCUACGAAGCUGGGCUUCGUCCUACAAUGGCCUGGCGGCUAUUCACUUUAUAAAGGAGGACUUUUCCAAAGCCAUUAAGUAUUACAAGCUUUUGUUGAAGCUAGCUUCCGACUAUCAAGAGCCGAAUAUAUCUGUGGACAGCGUGCUGCAGAUACAUGCGAUCUACAACCUUCUUCAAGCGAGUGAGUUGGCUACCUCAGGAGACAAGUUAUCCGAAAGUGAGCAGCAGAGCUAUCAAGCCCAAAUGAAGCGACUGGAGUGGAAGUAUCUGGAGGACAACACUCUGGUGCUCCAAAGCGCUCUUGAAUGUUACGAAGAAAAACUCAACGAAGUUUCUGAACUGGAGGGUCAGUUCGAGGGCAGCACAGUGGACUUUCUGGCCACGGUGGUGAAUCACAAAAGCUCUCUGCACGAUGCCAUGUGGAACAAAGUUCGGGAUGAUUUUUUCCGACAAAAUAUCUCGGUGGAAAAACUCGAUAAUGUCAGCUCCAUGGCUGGAUUACUCUAUUUUGUAGAUCUUUGGCAUGCAAAGCUGCAGAAGUUGAGAAGCAAUUUGCUUAUUGACUUUGAAUAUCUAAAGGGUGUUAUGCAGGAGGCUUGUGAGGCGGUUAAAACUGGCAAUGUCCUCUCACAGGAUAUCAACAACUUUAUAGCCAGCGUAACAGAUUGCCAUUUAGCGGAUAUUUUGAUCGAAGACAAGGAUAAGGAGAAGGAGAAGAAAAAACCCAAAAAGCGUCGACAUUGUCGUUUGUGCAAAACUCGGGAUUCCUUAAACCAGUUUGAGUGCGUUUUGUUUGAUAAGAAGCUGGACGAAGAAGCUACUGUUGCUGAGGGUCUGGAGAAUCCCAGUAUGGAGAUAAGUCUCAUUAAAGCUAUAUUUUCUUUCUUGCGUUCCAAGCCAGAGUUCAGUGAAUGGAAAGCGGAGUGCCAAAACAAACUGGAUUUCCUAUCUUGCCUGCAGGACCUGGCGAAGUUUCAAAUUAAGUACUGGAUCGAGGUGGAGUACAUGGUCAAGGCUUUUGACGAACUGGGAAUGUGCAAGAUGCGUAUUCUUCUUACCGACGAUCCCGAGGAGCAAUCAAAUUACCGAAUCCUUGCCUGCCAGCUGGACGAGCAGCUCGAAUUUAACCAGUACAAUCUUCACGAGUCGCAGCUAAACUUUACGCGGCUGUGCGGUCGUUUGAAGUACCUAAAGCAUCUCAAGGAAGAUGCCACGGAUAAGCCUUGCCCCAUUUGUCAGACGCAGGACGAUGUGAGGUAUGUGAUGAUGGUAUGUGGUCAUUUUGUGUGCCAGCACUGUCUGGAUAGUAUGAGGAAAAAGUUCUCCCGAGAUGGUGUCACCAAGUGUCCACUCUGUCGCCAGGACUCGCCACAGUUAUACUACUCAGUUCGUCCGGGCGCCCACAAAUCCAUAAUUGGCGACUUUUCAACGAAAAUUGCAAGUAUUGUGGAACUGGUGCUGAAGAUAAGAUCAGACAAUGAAAAAGAAAAGGUCCUUAUCUUCUCUCAGUGGCAGGCAAUACUUAUUCAAAUUGCUAGAGCCCUUAAUAUCAACAACAUUCAGUUCCGCAACAAGUGCACCAAUACGGAUAUUGAGGAAUUCAAGGAUCCCUUGAAAAAUAUCACCUGCCUUCUGAUGCCUCUUUCUAAGGGCUCAAAGGGCUUAAACCUGAUUGAAGCAACACAUGUGUUUCUCGUGGAACCGAUUCUUAAUCCCGGCGACGAACGUCAGGCUAUUGGUCGAAUUCACAGAUUUGGGCAGAACAAACCCACAAAGGUUCAUCGAUUUAUUGUGAAUGGGACAAUCGAGGAGAAUAUUCUCUCGCUUAUAACUUCAGCCGAUGACACGAAGACACUUUCAACUCAUUGGGAUUUGGAGAACAUGACACUUGACAGCCUCAAGAAGCUUUUCAUACUCAAGGAGAUGGAGUAA